CACCUGUUCGUUGAUGGUAUUUCGCUAUUCCACACACUUCUUACAAUCUCUCAUUAAGAACAUUGUGCAAAUACUUGCGCAAAUAAAUUAUGUUACUCACUCAUACAAAUACCUUUUGUUGGUCAGAAGUCAUGAAAAUCGCGGUCAAGUUCACUUGUUUUCCUCGAAAGAACACACAGCAACUCUUUUUGGAUGGAUAUACUAUACAGGUGUGUACGUGUUGUAUGCAUACAUGUAUAUAAACCGAAUGCAACCAGUUUCAAUUAACCACAUGCGUUUAAUCGAGAUGUUUAUAUAAAAGUUAAUUGUGGUAUUGAACCAUCCAGCAAUACGUUCAUGUUGAAAUAUGAACUUCGAGAUCAGAACUUUUAAUUUUCAUUCUUAAUUAAAGUGUCUGAGAGGUUGGAUCAGUGAUCAUUACAGUGACUCUUACCGUUUCAUUUAUCCUUCCUGAAACAAACCGGGAAAUGUUAAACAAUUUUUCAAAUGUACUCUCGCGAACGCUGUGUGUGGUAAUAUUUGUCCAGUGCUUUGAACAAUCUGUUACACUGAAAUUGAAACUGAUCGACGACUAUGUGAACAACGAGUUAUAUCUUGGAAUGGAACCGGCGUUUCGCAAUUCGACCAGAAGGGAUUGUGUUUGGCAUCAGACGUAUGAUGCCAAUUGUUCGAAAAAUGUUUCGUUAAUUUUGUACGUCGAUAAAAAGAGGGAAGUGUACGAUCCGUCCGACAGAAAUUGGCUGCAGAAAAGCUCAUGGGAUCCAUACAGGGCGACUGUAGUCCUAGUACACGGUUACGCAUCCGGUGACGACGAUACUCCUAUUGUCGUACUGAAAGGCGCAUAUGCAACCCAAGGCGGCUACAAUUUAUUCCUGGUGGAAUACAGUCCAUUGAGUCGGCCGCCGUGUUAUGUAUCGAAUCUAAACAAUAUUCGAUACAUAAGUCGAUGUGUUGCUGAUUAUUUGAAUGAUCUACGAAAGAAGGGUGUAGUGGUGGAAAGCUGUAUCGGUCAUUCGUUGGGUGCAAUUAUUUGCGGAGCUUUGAAAAAGUAUCUUAAAUUUGAGCUGAACAAAAUAAUCGGUCUUGAUCCGGCUCUUCCACUCAUCUAUGGCGAUCUUCGUUUGAAACGAUCGAGCGCAAAAUCGGUUCAUGUUUUACAGACGAAUGCUGGUAGUUUUGGUGAUGUGGGUUCGGUGGGACAUGUUAACGUAUGCGUGAAUGGUGGUCUAAUACAACCGUAUUGCGUGAAGGCGAGAAAACCAAAUCUGUGCAGUCACAUCUGGGCAAUUUGUUACAUGGCACAAAGUUUAUUUGAAAAUCGGCCGCUCAUAGCACGAAGCUGCUCAACGUAUUGCCCGAGAGCCGGACUUUUUCGAUUUUUUCGCAGCAAUUCAUCGGAAAAUAAUUUCAAUGAAAUUCGAGUGAUCAACAAUGUGCCACAGACGGCCUAUGGAACCUACUGCCUCGAUAACAUUUACCCGCCAUAUUGUCCUAAAUAUUGGAAGGGGGUCGGAGAUAAGCGUUGCUGUAAGUUCUCGUGAUGCUAUUGUGCCAUGAUAUUGAACUUAGCUGUGGUAGAACGUCUCGAAUAAAGAAAACUGCC